UCUGAUUUGGUCUGUGUCUCCGAGGAUUCUGUCUGUCCCUCUGUCUCCCUGGCCCUCCCGGUGCCCUGCUUCUUGCUGGUCCAACCCCAGGACUGCGGAUCUCCUGAUGGGUGGCGGGUUUCCCAGGGAGGGGCGGGGCGGGUCCCCUGGGCCCACGCUGCCGUCCAGGCACUGGGCAUGUCCCUGGCGCUGCUAUAUAAAGCAGCGCUGCCUCAGCCCAAUGCUGUGUUGCUGCCGUCGCCGAGUUCCCACCCGGUCCGUGCCGCCCGCUGAGCCCCGCCGAGCCUCUGCCGCCCGCCAGGCUUUCAGUCUCUCCACCUGUAAGAUGCUCUCCCUGGAUCCGCUGGGUCUCGAGUGGGACUGCCCCCUGGGCUCCAAGGACCUGGAGGAAGAGGAGGGCCCAAGGGUAGAAGGCUCUGGCCUGCCGCCCCCAGGCUACUUCCCUGGCUCCUGGAGCCAGGACGUGGGCCUGGAUUGCAAGGGCUCCCCCGAAGGGGCGGAGGCCCGGGCCUGGACUGUCUACUACUACAGCCUCCUGCAGAGCUGUCUGCAGCAAGCUGGACUUCCGGAGACCCAGGACCGCAGCCAGGCGCCCCGCACAGGCUGCCCUGGGGCAGAGGUGACCUUGUGCAUUCUGGGAUCCCCCAGCACCUUUCUGUCCGUGCUGCUGGAGGGUGGGGUCCAGAGUCCCGGAAACAUGCUUCUUUGCCUGUCCCCUGCUUGGCUGACGAAGGUGCCAGCACCAGGGCAGCCAGGCGAGGCCGCCCUGCUGGUCUCUAAAGCAGUGAGCUUCCACCCGGGGGGACUGACAUUCCUGGAUGACUUUGUCCCUGCACGCCGUGUCACCUACUUCCUGGCGGGCCUGGGGCUGGGGCCUGGCCAGGGUCGGGAGGCAGCUGAGCUCGCUCGCGACCUCACCUGCCCCACAGGCGCCUCGGCAGAGCUGGCCCGGCUCCUGGAGGACCGGCUGCUGACAAGGCGAUUGCUGGCCCAGCAGGGUGGUGUGGCUGUGCCAGCUACCCUGGCUUUCACCUACAAGCUGCCAGCACUGCUGCAGGGAAGGGAUGCCAGCCCGGGACUGAGGCUGGUGGAGUUGAGUGGCAAAGAGGGCCAGGAGACACUGGUGAAGGACGAAGUUGGGGCCUUUCUGCACUCUGAGGCCCUGGGUGAUGCCCUGCAGGUAGCCAUCAAGCUCAGCAGCUGGCGCUGGCGAGGGCGGCAGGUAUUGCGUCUGCACCCACGAGCAGAGGUGGGCACAGUGGCGGACACAGUGCUAGCGUUGCUGGAGAAACUGGAGGAGGAGGAGAGUGUCCUUGUGGAGGCCGUUUGCCCACCUGCCCGGCUGUCCUUCCCAGGCAGUCCCCAACCUGGCCCUGAGCUGGCUGUGCGGAUCUGUGCUGUGGUGUGUCGGACACAGGGUGACAGACCCCUGUUGAGCAAGGUGGUAUGCGCCGUGGGCCGUGGGGACCAUCCUUUGCGGCACCAGAGCUCUUUGCCGCGGACACUGGAGGUGGCGCUGGCCCAGUGCGGUCUGGGCGAGGCGGCGCAGGUGGCGGUCGUGCGGCGGAGCGUCAAGGCGGCGGCCGAGGCUGCGCUAGCCGCUGUGCUGGCUCUGGAGGCCGAGCUGAGCGUUGAGCAGCGCGGCGGGCGCCAGGCCCGCACUGACUUCCUCGGCGUGGACUUCGCGCUGACAGUGGCGGGUGGCGCGCUGACCCCCGUGGCCCUGGAGCUGAACGGAGGCCUGUGCCUGGAGGCGUGCGGCGCGCUCGAGGGGCUCUGGGCCUCCCCGCGCUCGGGGCCGGUGGCCGAGGAGGCGGCUGCAGCCGCGCCGCUCGUGGAAACCAUGCUGCGGCGUUCCGCGCGCUGCCUCAUGGAGGGAAAACAGCUGCUGGUGAUCGGCGGGGGCGGCUUCAGCAAGAAGUUCGUGUGGGAGGCGGCGCGCGACUACGGGCUUAAGCUGCACCUGGUGGAGUCAGACCCCAACCACUUUGCAUCCCAGCUGGUGCAGACCUUCAUCCACUUUGAUGUGACAGAGCACCGGAGGGAUGAGGACAAUGCACGGCUGCUGGCGGAGCUGGUGCGGGCGCGGGGCCUGCAGCUCGAUGGCUGCUUCUCCUACUGGGAUGACUGCCUGGUGCUCACAGCCUUGCUCUGCCAGGAGCUGGGUCUGCCCUGCAGCUCCCCAGCCGCCAUGCGCCUGGCCAAGCAGAAGAGCCACACCCAGCUGCACCUGUUGUGCCGCCAAGGCCCCCCCUGGCCCUCGCCCUCCCUCCAUGCUGUGCCUUGCUGCCCACUGGAGAGUGAGGCCGACGUGGAGAGGGCUGUCCACCAGGUGCCUCUGCCCGGUGUUAUGAAGCUGGAGUUUGGGGCAGGUGCGGUGGGCGUGCGGCUGGUGGAGGAUGCACCACAGUGCCAUGAGCACUUUUCCCGGAUUGCCCGAGAUCUGCAGGGUGAAGCCGACCACCCCGGCAUUGGGCUGGGCUGGGGCAAUGCCAUGCUCCUCAUGGAGUUCAUUGACGGCACUGAGCACGAUGUGGACCUGGUGUUGUUUGGCGGGCGACUGCUGGCUGCCUUUGUCUCCGACAAUGGCCCCACACGUCUGCCUGGCUUUACUGAGACAGCAGCCUGCAUGCCUACUGGGCUGGCACCGGAGCAGGAGGCGCAGCUGGUGCAGGCAGCCUUCCGCUGCUGCCUGGGCUGCGGGCUGCUGGAUGGGGUCUUCAACGUGGAGCUCAAGCUGACCGGGGCUGGGCCACGGCUCAUUGAGAUCAAUCCCCGCAUGGGUGGCUUCUACCUGCGGGACUGGAUCCUGGAGCUCUACGGUGUGGACCUGUUGCUUGCUGCAGCUAUGGUGGCCUGUGGCCUGCGGCCUGCCUUGCCCACCCACCCACGGGCUCGUGGCCACCUGGUAGGUGUCAUGUGCCUGGUGUCCCAGCACCUGCAGGUGCUGAAUUCCACUGCCAGCCAGGAGGCCCUGCAGGCUCUUCAUGACCGGGGCCUGCUGCGCUUCAAUCUGUUUCUGUCUUCAGAGGAGGCCCUGGUGCCCAGUGAGUACGAGGAGCCUUACUGUAGUGUGGCUUGUGCUGGGUCCAGCCUGGCCGAGGCCCGCCUCCGCUUGCUGGGACUCUGCCAGGGCCUGGGCAUCGACGGGCCCCACUACCCGGUUGCCCACUUCCUGUCCCACUUCAAAUAGCACUGGGGCCAGGGGGUAGGGGCAGUGCUGGGGGGGGGGCUGUGGUGCCUUCUGCUACCCGAUGCCCUCCCUGCCUCUUUUCCCAUAGCCCUGCCCCAGCCCCCCUGACUCAGCCCACUGCAAGGCUUCAGGUCUGUUCCAGAGUGGCAGGGCCAUUUUUACAUCAGGCCUCCAGGGCUUGAGGACCACAAAAGAAAGUAUCUGGGGGGGGGGCCAUUGGGCCCUCUUGCCCUCCCUAAGGCCCCAGUCCAGCCCACAGCUGCCCAGGGACUCUAGCCAUGGAGAAGCGACAACAGCUGCACAUAAACACACACAUCUCCCCACCCCACCUCCAGGGAGGUAGGAAUGGGCCCAAACCCAGCCCAUCCUCCCCACCCUUCCAAGUGUUUCUCUUUUCCUGCCAUCUAUGGAAAAGGAGAACCUGGCAGGCCCCUGGCGUUGGACAAAUCCCAAGAAAACCUGAGACUAAACCCCAUCAUUUAACAAAUUCCAGGAUAGUUCCAGAGCCUGCCGACAACUUUUGACAAUACAUCAUUUGGCCUGAGUAGUAGAAGCUGGUGACCUGGGGUCAGGAGUAACCAUCUCCCCAGCAGGUAGUCACGAUUGCCCCAUUCUACAGAUGAGGAAACAGGCUCAAAGAGAAAAAUCCACUGCCUCAAGGUCAUAUCACAGUGGAAGGAUGGUCGAGGGACAAGAUGUAGAGUCCAGGUUUCUGCUUUUACUAAGUCUUACAUGCCCACUCAGCUUCUAGGUCCUGCUCACCUGCCUGCCCUCAUUCAUGUGGCUGAGACGUGUGAACACCCCCCACCCUUGCACGAUGUAUCUUCUCCAGCAAGCUUUGGUGCUUUGGCCUCUGGCACACCUAACUAGCAUUGACAGAGGAGAGUCUACACUCCCUUCCUAAAUCAGGGGAGGCUGCUUUAAGAACUCCUGCCUCUGCACAGCAGAGGAAUUGUGGUCAGCUCCGCAAGCAUCCCUCUCCAAAUAAAGGCUUAAGGAACUACUGAAAUGUCCAGGGUCUGGGAUA